AUGGUUAAAAUAACUAAAAAAAGUAAACGAGUUUCAUGUGCUCAUCGUUAUAGUAUCCAGAAGAAAGUUCGUGGUCAUAAUAAGAAAAUGAAAAAAGAAGCACGAAAACAUCCGGAAUUUAAAAAAAAGAGAACAAAAGAUAUAAAAAUACCAAAUUCAGCUCCAUUCAAAGAUGAAUUAUUACAACAAGCUGUGGAAGCUAAAAAACAAUUAGAACAAGAAAAACUAAUAAAAAAACAAGAACGUGCUUUAGCUCGUCAACAACCGAAAACUGAUCGACCAAAAUCAUUAACAUCAAUGAUGCAUGAGGUUGAACGACGACGAAAUGUAUUUGACGAUGAACACGUUUCAACAAAUAAUCAUCAUAUUCACCUAUUAAGUGAAACUGGUGAAGGUGAUGAAAGAUCUCGAAAAACAUUCUAUCGAGAAUUUAAAAAGGUUGUCGAUGCAUCGGAUAUCAUCAUUCAAGUUCUCGAUGCUCGUGAUCCACUUGGAUGUCGAUGUCCACAAGUUGAACAAGCUGUGUUAACCUCAGGAAAAAAUAAAAAACUUAUUCUAUUGUUGAAUAAAAUCGAUCUUAUUCCACGAGAUAAUCUUGAUAAAUGGUUAAAAUAUUUACGUAAUGAAUUUCCAACAAUUGCAUUUCGUUCAUCGACUCAAAAUCAACGUGAUCGAUUAGGUCAUGUUAAAGCAUCUCUAAAAGCUUGUGAUGAACAUUUACUUAAAUCAUCAAAUAAAUGUAUUGGUGCAUCAACAUUAAUGAGUCUUCUUUCGAAUUAUUGUCGAAAACAAGAUAUAAAAACAAGCAUUACUGUUGGUAUUGUUGGAUUUCCAAAUGUUGGAAAAAGUAGUGUGAUUAACAGUCUUAAACGAAGUCAAGCAUGUGAAACUGGUUCAAUGCCUGGUAUAACUAAACAAAUGCAAACAAUUAAAUUAGAUAAACUAAUUAAACUAUUCGACAGUCCCGGUAUUGUUAUGUCAAAAGAUACUGAUCCAGCUAGUCUUGUACUUCGUAAUUGUGUUCGUAUUGAAACAAUUGAAAAUCCAGUUCCACCUAUUGAAUUAUUACUUAAUCGAUGUAGUAAAGAACAGAUGAUGCUUCACUACAAUCUAAGUGAUUUUCAAGAUGUUAAUGAAUUUCUUUCAAAAAUGGCUUUAAAAAUGGGUAGUUUAAAAAAAGGUGGUAUACCCGAUAUAAAUAAAGCUGCACAACGAAUACUAUCUGAUUGGACAAAUGGUAAACUAACUUAUUUUACUGAACCACCUGAACGUACAGGUGAAAUACUUAGUACUGAACUUGUUACACAAAUGAAAGAAGCAUUUGAUAUUGAUGGUUUAUUAAAAACUGAAGAUGAACAAUUAAAAGAUUUACGUAAUACUCCAAUAGGUGGUAUAUCUUUACCAGCAUCUAUUCCAACACAAGCAGCUAUGGAUUUAGAUAAAGAAGAAUCUAUUAAAUCCGAUGAUGAAGAAAGCCUUGGUGAAGAAAUGGAUGAAGAUCAUGAUGAAAAAGAUCAAUCAAAAGCAACAAAAGAUCCAAAAAAAGUUCGUUUUACUGUUAAAGCAAAUGAUAAAAAAAAACAUUUAUCAAAAAAACAAGCAGCUGAUUUAGUUGAUAAAGAAUAUAAUGGUGAUAUUCGAAAAUCAAUAAAACGAUCAAAUCUUACUCGACAACAAGAAUUUAAAAAAAUGAAAAAGAAUAAAAAAAGAACAGAAAAAUCUAUGGAGAAUCUAGGCGAUGCAUUAGAUUCAAUUAUUCGACUAACAACAACAUCGAAAAAUUCAAAUGAUGAUUCAUAUAAUUUUCAAACCGAUUUUGUUUAA